ACAUAUCUUAUACGUUUCGAUUGCUAAUCUAAUGCACAAUACUUUAGUUGGUGCCAUAACAAUUGCGAAGUCGAACCGACCGAUUUACGAACAUAUCAGAAGUCCUUUUAUUUCUUUUUCUAAUUUUCCAACGAAGAAUGACGUCCGGACGCUGCAUUUGCUAUUUCUGUCAUACAAAGAGCGUAUAGUGUGGCAUACAUUCAUAUAUGUAUAUAUCGUGUGCGCUUGUACCUGCUUAAAGUCACAAAUAAUUGGUAGUGUCUCAACGACAGUGCACCUACGGGUAAAAAGUUUCUAUUGAGAGAAAAAAUCAGUUGAGGAGUGUAAAAGACGAAUAAAUAGUUUGGAGGCGCGAAGCUUUGUGGUGCAUAUUUCGAUAGCGCGUAAUCGAACAUAAAGAAACGACAAUGUGAGGGAGUAUACGGUCAGUCUGAAUAAGUAGGUUGCAAACAAGUAAAGAAGGAAGAAACGCAGAAUCGAAGUCAGUCCAGGCAAGAAUAAACAGACAGACUUUGUUUCAAGUCGAGUGGUUGCUUAUCUCCAUUACGUUCAUUACGAAAGCGUCAAGUUCAUCUGUACAUAUUUCUGACGCGUACCUGCAUUUUGAAGUAGGUGCGCGUAAACGGACAUUAAGGACAAGAAUAAGAAAUUAGUACCUGGAUUAUCAGUUACAAGGUGAACAUCAUUGCGGUGGAGAAACAAGAAAAGAAAAAAGAGAGACUUACGACUUUAUAGAUCUGACAUAUAUCGUUUGUCUUUGAAAUCCUUUUCUAGUGAUCUGUAAUGUACCUCAAAUAUAGUUCCGAGGAAAAUGCCACUACGUCCACGAUAAAUUUUGUACACUCGAAAAGGAAAGGAAUCUUCAUAUACUUAAAAAAGAUGUUGAAGAACUCAAUAAGUCUUCGAAAUCGUAUAAGUUUUUUAACGCUUCGCCGUUACUGAACGUACACACUGUCUUGAAGGAACAGUUAUUCUGAUAUCAAAGAUCCAAAUAUCAAUGGCUCAUAGCACAACUUGGUCUCACUAAGCCAAGUAUUCAGGUAUAUAAGUACAGCAACAUUACUAGAUAUCUGUCAAGAUUAAGAUCCAUUGGAAAGAGGGUGGAAUACUGGUGCAAUCAUGAAGCUUUUGGAGAGUACCCGCUUUGAAGCUAUAAACAGUGCCUUGUCAAUUACUACCGGAGAUAGUAAAAUACUGGGAAGAAUUGAAAGCUACUCGUGCAAAAUGGCUGGUAACGAUAAGCAACUGUACAAGCGUUUUAACUCAGAACAAGGAGUAACACCACACGACCUUCAAGCUUUGUCGCCACCUCAGACGUCUCUUGGAGCGUCACCGGCACAAAGUUACUUUAGCCGUAGUGUAUCUGGAGACGAAGAUGGACCACUGUGCGACACUAUCAGUCGCAAGACACUCUUCUAUUUGAUUGCAACAUUGAACUCAGCCUUCCAUCCAGACUAUGAUUUUUCUGAUGCGAAGAGCCAUGAAUUCAGUAAAGAACCGAGUCUUCAAUGGGUGAUGAAUGCAGUCGACAGUAAUCUCAGCGCUACUGCAGGAGAACAUUAUCGUACGCUGCGUUCCGCACUAUGGGCAGCUGUAGAAGAUGAAAUAUCAAUGGGCGAAUGUGAUAUUUACAGUUACAAUCCGGACCUGGCAUCAGAUCCCUUUGGCGAGGAUGGAUGCUUGUGGUCUUUCAAUUACUUCUUUUACAAUAAAAGAUUGAAAAGAAUUGUAUUUUUCACCUGCAGAGCAAUAAACCCUAUGUAUAUCUUGGAUUCCGGGGUCGGCAGUGAUUUUACAAUGGACGAGGACGACGAGGAACAUUACUGAACUUGAUUAAAGGGUUAUCCAUAUUAUCACGAACCUCGGAAAGUUUUCUUUUUCUCAUAUAUUUUAGGUUUAGUCUUCAGCUUAUCUCGCGUCGAAAUAUCAGUUUUAUUUCCUAGCGACGAGGGCCGCAGUGUGUUUUUUUUCAAUGUCGCCCGACAUUUCACAAUACUAUACUUUAUAUAUUGAUAUAAACGUCAAGAUGUUUACUAUGCAUGCAAUGUGGCAGAAGUAAGGGGUUUGUAAUUAAGAAAAAAAAAGGAAUCGACUUAAGUCACUCUAAUUGCGAGGUCAUACAGAAGGUAUUUUCAUCCGACUCGAUAAAAAAAAUACGUAUCGUCAUAUUCUCAUGCAACAAGUUUUUACAUAACAAUAAAAACGACUGUAAGCGUUUAGCGUUUCUCGUCAAUCUCUAUUAUUUUUAUUGUAAAGAGACAUUUUACCAGUCUUAUAUAACCUUAUUCUUUGCAUUUUAAACAAAAAGAUAUAUCGACGAUCGGGUAUUGAUUACAAUCAGCAGUAUUAGAUAUCAGGUUUUUUGGACAACUAUUCCAUUAAACUUUUCCCCUUGGGAGAUAUGGAAAUUUGUAGGAAAAUUGUCGCAUUUUCAUCGUAUUUUCAAUGUAUAUAUCGUUAAUUAGAACAAAAAAUAUUAAGGGUGUAUCCACAUCCACAUUUAACGUUUGCGCGGCGAAGCAGAGUCGCCACGAUUGUUGGCGUUAAUUAUGAUAAUAAUGUACGUCUUUAGAAUUAGUUAAUUCACGAUGAAGCAUUGUACAAUUUUAUGCAUAGAUCCAACCUUCGAAUCCUUAUCACUAGUAAUAAAUAUUCUCAGUAUGAUAAUCUGUACACCAUAUAA